GUACGCCUGUCGGUCCGUUGUACCCGGUGAUAGCUACCUGUAAGAUAAUCCCUACAACUAGGGGGAGUUACCGUCACCAACACAAGGUAUAGGGCAGACUCACCACACGAAGAACAAAAGUGGUCGGGAACAUUAAUGAGAACAUUCAGAUCUGAUUCCACAUCGACGAAUCUCCACCUAAUCUAGUCUACAUAGCGAGAUAAUUAACCUGUGUGCCGGACCAUCUUGGUCUCCUCCUACUCCGAACUUUCUUCAUAAGAAGAACUAAUACAGACAUUUUCAAAAUGGAGUUACGGAAAAGUCAUAUUAACUUCAAUAUGUGUGUGUUUGUUUUAGUGAUAGCAGCAUGUCUUCAAAUCUCAACAGCAAUGACCAUCCGGUUACAAGGUGGUAAACGGGCGUCACAAGGACGCGUGGAGGUGUUCCAUAACAACACGUGGGGUACUGUAUGUGAUGACAACUUUAACAAUAAUGCUGCAAAAGUAGUGUGCCGAAUGCUUGGCCUCUAUAAUUCGCGUAACUACAUACUGGCCCGGUCAAACGCCUUUUUUGGGCAAGGAAAUAGGUCGAUGCCAAUCUGGUUAGACGAUGUUGCGUGUACUGGAGCAGAAACAGCGCUAGAGAGCUGUCACCUGAAACCCUGGGGACAACAGAACUGUCGCCACGGCGAGGAUGUAGGAGUGGACUGUAACGCUGCCCUUGAUGCAAAUGUCCCGGUACGGCUACGAGAUGGGACUAACGCAAGAGAGGGUCGUCUAGAAGUCCAAUAUAACAACACCUGGGGCACGGUAUGCGACGAUGAAUUUGACGAUCAUGCUGCGGCAGUUGUGUGUACUUCACUUGGACUUGCAAAUGUCAAUGCUAUACCAAUCGGUAAUGGUUUCUUUGGUAACGGUACACUGCCAAUCUUGCUGGAUGACGUCAGGUGUACAGGAACGGAGCCUGGCUUAGGUGCCUGCAACCACAAGCACUGGGGACAAAGCAACUGUGCCCACAAUGAGGACGUGGGUGUGAUUUGUUAUCAGGGACCACAGCCAUCGACAUCCAAUGUUCAAGUGCGUUUGAGCGGAGGUACAAGUCAGUACCAGGGCCGCCUGGAAAUACAGGUCUUCAACCGCUGGGGCACCGUGUGUGACGACUCCUUUGAUGCUAGAGAGGCCAAUGUCACAUGCCGCAUGCUUGGUUUCCUCAAUGGUGGAACGGUAUUGAGUGGAAGGACCUUUGGAGGGGGACGUGGACCCAUUUGGUUGGACGACAUGGAGUGUCAGGGAACAGAGUCAAACCUGGUGAACUGUGUCCAUAAACCUUGGGGAGUUAACAACUGUGACCAUAGUGAGGACGUGGCUGUGUCGUGUACUCCGAAUAAUCUGCCACCUAUUCAGGCGCGCUUGGCUGGAGGAUCCAACAGUAAUACCGGGCGUUUUGAAAUUUACUAUAAUGGUGUUUGGGGGACCGUCUGUGAUGAUUCGUGGAACAAUGCUGAUGCUGCUGUUGCCUGCCGAAUGCUUCAUCUUCCAUACUCGGGAGCGGCAGCCAUUUCUAAAGGAGGGUUCGGCCCUGGUACAGGGAGCAUUAUACUUGACGAUGUAGUGUGUGUAGGAACGGAGACCUCCGUAGCUAUGUGUCAGCAUUCCCCUUGGAACCAAAACAACUGUGACCAUAGUGAGGAUGCUGGCGUCAUAUGUCAGUCAGGUAAUGCAAAUACGCAAAUUAGAUUGGUUGGAGGCAGUGGCGCAUUUGAAGGUCGUCUGGAGGUGUUCUACAACAAUACAUGGGGCACCGUUUGUGAUGAUUUCUUUGGUGCUCCGGAGGCAAAAGUGGUGUGUAAACAGCUUCAAUUUUCAGGAACUGGAGCUCAAGCAAAAGGCAACGCCUUUUUCGGACCAGGUACAGGACGAAUCUUUUUAGAUGAUAUGCAGUGUACUGGCACAGAACGCAACCUGGCGCUUUGUGGACACAGAGGAUGGGGCAACAAUAAUUGUGACCACACCGAGGACGUGUCCGUCAUUUGUGGCUCUGGGAACCCCCACUCUAACACCUCCCUCCGCCUGGUUGGUGGGACGAAUAACCAGGAAGGACGACUGGAAGUAUACCACUCUGGCACCUGGGGCACAGUUUGUGACGAUUACUUCGACAAUGUGGCCGCUAGCGUUGUCUGCAAAAUGUUGAAGCUACCAUGGCGUGGCGCUCAGGCCCGUCCUAAUGGAUAUUUCGGAAGUGGUUCAGGGCGGAUUUGGCUGGAUAACGUCAUUUGUCAUGGCAACGAAACCAACUUGGCUUAUUGUCGCCAUCGUCCCUGGGGGACUACUAACUGUGACCACACAGAGGAUGUGGGAGUAGUAUGCGGCCAGUUAGAAAGAGUGAGAUUGAGGUUGGUAAACGGCUCCUCAACAUCCCAAGGAAGACUCGAGGUAUACCACAACAACACAUGGGGAACAGUCUGUGACGAUUCCUUCGACAGCUCGGCCGCAAGCGUGGUCUGCCACAUGCUUGGCUUCAGACGGGACCAUGCUUUAGCAUUUUCUAAUGCUCACUACGGACAAGGAACAGGGCCAAUAAUGCUUGAUGACAUUGGUUGCACGGGCAAUGAGAACAACAUUCUCCAGUGUCGCAACAAAGGAUGGUACACUAACAAUUGCGCCCACAGUGAGGACGUGGGCGUCAUGUGUAACUCAGGCACCCCACAUUUGCGUCUUCGUAAUGGCCGAAAUAGUAACCAAGGUCGGGUGGAGAUACAGAUUGGCAACACCUGGGGAACCAUAUGUGAUGAUAGCUUUGAUGGAAAUGCUGCUAAGGUUGUCUGCAGAAUGCUACAUAAAGCAUCAGCUAACGCAGUUGCGGUGACGGCAGCUGGGUUUGGUCUCGGAUCAGGACCUAUUUAUCUUGACGAAGUUCGAUGUUUUGGCAAUGAGACUAGCAUCCUUAACUGCAAUACCAACCCCAUAGGAACCAACGACUGUGACCACUCCGAGGACGUCGGUGUCAUCUGUACAAACAGCCAGCAGUCCAAUGUACGUGUAAGGCUAACGGGAGGACCCAAUAUGAAUGAAGGACGACUCCAGGUUAACUACAACCACCAAUGGGGCUCCGUGUGUGAUGACAGCUUCAACGACUCUGCUGCUGCUGUUAUCUGUAGUAUGCUUCACAUCAACGUUGUACAUGCCCGGGCGGUUCCAGGAAUUCGAUACAAUGUAUCUUACCCAGGCCCGAUCUGGAUGGAUGAUGUCAAGUGUUCAGGAACAGAAGCGUCCAUUACUGCCUGCCAGCGUAGCCCGUUCGGUACCAACGAUUGUGAACACACUGAAGACGUUGGUGUUAUCUGCGAGACAGCCCAGUCCCUUCAGGCACCAGUGCGUUUGGUAAAUGGUACAAAUGGUAACAACGGUCGCGUGGAAGUACAACACAACAACAUGUGGGGAACAGUCUGUGACGACGGCUGGGGUGUCCCUGAAGCAACUGUCGUCUGUCAUCAGCUAGGAAAGCCAACGUCGGUGGUGGUGCCCUUGUCCAAUGCAUUCUAUGGGGCAGGGAGCGGAGCAAUCCAGAUUGAUGACAUCGACUGUGUCGGUAAUGAGACGACCCUCGGGAUGUGUCAGAGGAAGCCCUGGGGUGUCAGUGAUUGUACACAUCAGGAAGAUGCCGGAGUCAUGUGUCUAGCAAGGAGUCCAAAUACAAGAGUAUCGGUGCGUCUAGUUGGGGGUCUGUCCCACAGCCAGGGACGUGUCCAGGUCAGGUACAAUGGCGUAUGGGGAUCCAUCUGUGACGACUCAUGGGAUAGCAGAGACGCCACGGUUAUCUGUCGUAUGCUUGGUUACAGCACCACUGGUGCGAGGGCGCUCACAAACAUUGGGACGGGAAGAGGCCCAAUUUGGAUGGACGAUGUAGAAUGUGUUGGUACUGAAAGCAACAUCCAGAAUUGUACAUUCAAAGGAUGGGCAGAGAACAACUGUGACCAUUCAGAGGAUGCCGGUGUUUACUGUAAUGAUGGGCACACUGUCAAUGUCCCUGUGAGACUGGCCAAUGGCCCCUCUGCCAUGGAAGGACGGGUGGAGAUCCAGUACAAUCAUCAGUGGGGAACAGUUUGUGACGACUACUGGUCUAACGCCGACGCGCAGGUCGUAUGCAGGAUGCUCGGAUUCGCUACCGACGGAGCCCAGUCAUUCAACAAUUCGAGGUACGGUCAAGGCACUGGCCGUAUCUUAAUGGAUGACGUCAAGUGCGUGGGUACAGAGACCAACUUGGGACAUUGUCAGUUCCAGGGGUGGGGCAUCAACAACUGUGACCAUUCUGAGGAUGCCGGCGUCCGCUGUAACCCAGCUGGUACCGUGACAACCAACGUACAGGUCAGACUGGUGGGCGGUUCCAACACUAACGAAGGUCGCGUGGAGGUGUUCUAUAACAAUACAUGGGGAACCAUCUGUGAUGACUACUGGGGAGCAGUGGAUGCUAAGGUCAUUUGCCGCAUGCUGGGCAAACCCACUAUCGGGGCUGUUGCAAAAACCAACGCAUUCUAUGGAUCAGGCACUGGACCAAUACUGUUGGAUAAUGUAAAUUGUCUUGGGAACGAGUCAAGCAUUGCUCAGUGUGGGAAUCGAGGAUGGGGUAUCAAUAACUGUCGCCACAGAGAGGACGCAGGGGUCGUCUGCUCAGGCCGAACGCAAGUGACUCCUUUGCGUCUUGUCGGGGGAAGGACAAGGUACGAGGGACGUUUGGAGGUGUAUCAUUCAGGAGCUUGGGGUACCGUAUGUGAUGACAUGGCGAACUUUCAUACCGCAACCGUCGUGUGCAACCAGUUGGGAUACUUAGGAGGUAUCCCUUCAGUUCGAAGCAAUGCAUUCUAUGGAGCAGGAACAGGUCAAAUUUGGAUGGAUGAUUUGAGGUGUGCGGGAACGGAGAUAUCACUGGAUGGGUGCAACUUCAACCAGCCAUGGGGAACAAAUGAUUGUGACCAUAGUGAGGACCUUGGUAUAGUUUGUAGAACUGCGACUGUGCCUAUCAGACUUGUUGAUCCGAGUGGGAAUCCGAAUCAGGGUCGUGUUGAGAUCCGAGUCAACAAUACCUGGGGCACUGUAUGUGACGAUCAGUUCAACUCCGUCACUGCCGGUAUCGUCUGUGGUAUGCAAGGUUACAGCAGAACUGGAGCUAUAGCGAAGGGUUCCGCUUUCUUUGGGGCAGGGGGUGGCCCUAUCCUUCUAGACGAUGUUCACUGUGUUGGUGGUGAAACAAACAUACUUCAAUGUGCUUCCAAACCAUUCGGCAUGAACGAUUGUUCACAUAGUGAAGACGUGGGCGUUAUAUGUCAAGUCGAAUCAAUCCCGAUGCGUCUAGUAGGAGGACCUAACCGCAUGAGUGGACGUGUUGAGGUGUUACACAACGGUACAUGGGGAACGGUCUGUGACGAUUACUGGACCAGUAACAAUAACGCCAAGGUUGUCUGUCGCAUGUUGGGCUACCCAACAGCUGGAGCAUUCUCACGCUCGAGAGCAUACUUUGGAGCAGGAACAGGACCUAUAUUGCUGGAUGAUCUUCGAUGUAGUGGCAACGAGUCCACUAUUGCGAGUUGUAGUCAUCGUCCCUGGGGCACAAACAACUGUCGGCACGCAGAGGAUGUCGGUGUCGUUUGUUCAGCAACGACUACUCCAGCAGCGACAACAACUCCGCGUGUGACAAACCCUCCUCCGUCAACGCCCAAUCCAAGUCAAGUAUUCGUGCGUCUUGUCAACGGUCACUCUGCCAACGUUGGACGUGUGGAAGUAUUUGCCAAUAACGUGUGGGGUACAGUUUGUGAUGAUCUGUGGAACAGCAAAGACGCUGGAGUCAUAUGUCAGAUGAUUGGCUACAGCAGUACUGGUGCUACUCCAAAGCCACGGGCAACGUUUGGACAGGGAACAGGGCAGAUUUGGCUGGACAAUGUCAACUGUACCGGAGCUGAAUCCUCCAUCACUGGGUGUCACUCAAACGGCUGGGGUGCACAUAACUGUGGCCAUCAGGAAGACGCAGGAGUUGUUUGCCCCACCACCCAAAUCCCAAACAACUUCUUGCUCGUGACAGACACGACUAACCGACAGGUGUACCGCAUGGACAUCGGUAGUAAGAGCUACGUCACUAUUCCACUUAGUAACCACGAUAAUCCAAUUGCAAUCGACUACAAUCCCUCCAAUUACCGGAUCUUCUGGACUGACGUUGGAUCCAAGCAGAUACGUAUGGCCGGUCUCAAUGGCUAUGCAGAGAAGACCAUCCGACAAUUCUCUCAAAAGGCUGUGAUGGAUGGGAUUGCUGUAGAUGUCGUAUCUGGACUAGUAUUUUACACCGACACAGGAAAUGAUGUGAUUGUUGUCAUGACAAUCGCUGGAACCGCGCAAAAAACCAUCAUCAGCCAGAAUCUAGACCAACCAAGGGCCAUAGUCGCAGACCCCCAGAACGGCGUAAUAUACUGGACGGACUGGGGAAGCAGUCCUCGCAUAGAGCGUGCUAACUAUGACGGAACGGGACGACGUGCUAUCGUCAACACAGGGCUUAAAUGGCCGAAUGCUUUGGCAGUAGACGUACAGGGCAACAAGAUGUAUUGGGCUGAUGGCGGCACUAACAAGAUCGAGUCGGCACAUCUUGACGGAACCCAGCGCACCACCCUCCUUGACGAGAGCAUCAGUCACCCGAUAUCACAUUACUUUGGUCUGGCCCUCCUCAACGGCCAGUUAUACUUUACCGACUGGUCUCGCACAACAAUAAUGACAAUUGGCACCGAUGGAUCAAAUCCCGGUCCUUUCGGGCCCCCAGCAUUUGGUCGGCUGAAUGACAUUCAUGCACAUAAGAACGGAGUAGGAUUUAGUGGUCCCAAUGGAUGUUCGGCAGGAAAGGGUGGAUGCAGUCAUAUCUGUUUACCUAAAGGAGCUAGUAGCCAUAUGUGUGCCUGUCCAGAUGGGUUAACACUUCAGCCAAAUGGACUCAGUUGUGGUCAAGCCAUUCCCUGUUCGAGCCUACAAGCACCCCAGAAUGGACAAAUAACUCCGGCCAACUGUUCAAGUGGAGAAUCUGGAUCAGGUGCCGUUUGUCAAGUCUCGUGUAAUACUGGUUACUUCCUGUACGGACAAUCCAGCGUAACCUGUUUAUCCAAUGGACAGUGGAGCAAUUACGGACAGAACUUCAUUUGUAGAGACAACCAGCCACCGACAGUGAAUUGUCCAGCGAACCUACAAGUCAGUGCUGACAAGGGGGCCCAAACAGCCACCGUGUCUUGGCCCAAACCUACCGCCACUGACAACUCCGGUUCUAACGUGGUCGUGUUUCAGAGCAUGCAAUCCCCUACCACCCUCGGCGCGGGAUCCUACACCGUCACCGUUAUGGCUUAUGAUCCUUCUGGACAAUCUGCAUCGUGCAGCUUCACAAUCAAGGUCACAGUGCUGACUUGCCCACCUUUGAACCCUCCUGCCAAUGCCGUCAUCACCAGCCCAACGUGCGCGUCCUUCUACGGGACAUCCUGCCAAAUCGGCUGCCAAUCUGGCUACCAACUCAAGGGCAACUCAUACGUGUCCUGUGAUAAAACUGCGGCCGGUACCCCAGCGUGGACCGUCAUGGGCAGGUCAUGCGUCCAGUUGACGUGCCCAAAACCCCUUUUGCCUGGAAACGGAAUUAUCACAGCCUGCACAGCCCCCUACACAGUGGGGGCAUUGUGUGUCCAGUCCUGCAACAAGGGAUUCUCGGCUAUAGGGGGCACCACAAAUCUCCAAUGCCAGUCUAACGGCGUCUGGGCUGGUCAGACCCUCACGUGCUCUAACGGUUUCAGUGGUUCCGGUUCCUCUGCUGCUGUUCGUUCCGGGUCCUCCUCCACAUCAUCCUCCUCCCUCUCGGAAUCCAGUAUAUCAGGGAUUGUGGCAGGCUGUGUCGUAGGAGUCCUUCUGAUUGUAAUCAUAGCAGCGGCCGUGUUCCUUUACAACAAGAGGAUGCAACACAAUUUGAUAAACGGCACGGGUGGAGCACGAAGUUAUGAGUUGGGCGGAAUGAGCAACCCUAACUACAGCAGUACUAACCAGUAAAAAUGUCAGUUCGCAGUGAGAAAGGAAGCGAUCCUGAUGACGUAAUAACAACCCGAGAUUAUUGAGGUCCUGAUCGCUUAUGAUGAACAAUGCACCCACUAUUUGUAUUUAUAUUGUUUUCGUACUUGAUAAACUUAACGGACCCGUGCAGUGUUUUACGCAUAAUUAAUGUUGUCUACGUUAAUUUCGUUCGAGUUGCGUGAAAAUGUGAGUCUGUGUACUUAAGAAAUGAUACUUAUAUUCAUCAAACCAUCCAUUUAUACUCGUUCAUUCGUUUUUCUUAUCUAGGAAAUAGAAAUACCAGAAGCAAUUUUAUGACGAUACAAAAGGUUACAUACCAUGAGAGAUAUGGAUAUCGUUUUUUGGUUGCAAAUAAACAUUAAUUUUGUGAUAAAAGACGAGUUCAAUUCAUCGUAAACCAUCUUUUUGCGACUAAAUAGGAAAUUUCGUUAUGAAUAAUUAAUAGACAUUGAGACCUUUGCAUUGUAUGUACUAUGAACAACUAAAUAUCGAUUUGUUUUCAACAUUAGGCAGGGUUAUUUAUGACGCUUUUAUAUGCAUUCCUUGAUAUUUAUGGUUUUACGAUGUAACACAUGAAAUUUAAUUCUGUGAAUAUUUGCAAUGAAUGGCUAUGAAGAGUCGUUUAUUUGUAGAAUGUCAACAGAGGAGUGAUUGUGUGCGUAUGAAUGGGAACAUUAAUCAAUGUCUGUACUUACCAUGUCGCUAUACUGUCUCAUAAAUCAACGCUACCGGAUAUCAACAUCAGGGGACAUUCUGCUGCAGUAUGUAAAAUGUUAACCGGGCGAUUAUCUUCAAACCAUUCAUGGACGUAUCAGCAUUGUUUUCAGUUAAAAUUCCGGAUUUUAGGUGAAAUCCUUUUUUUUUUUAACCGAUUUUAUUCAAGAAAGAAACGGACUAAAUACAGUAGUGAUUACAUGACAUCAGAUAACGCAAUGUGAAUUGAUUCAUAUAUGUUCAGUCGAUAAGAUGCAAAUGAAUUCAGUUAAAUUUGGGUUUAAGCUGCUACGGAUGCUGCUAAAAUGAAAGACCACAAGAGAUUUUUUCUUAUGAGAUGCAAAAUAAGAAGAUCUCUACACAAAAAUCUAUGUUAAUUCCACGAGCAUAUCUAUAGUCUAAUCUACUUCGCCUGCCUAUAUAGUUAUGGGUAUAGUAUAUACUCCUCCCAUGGGACAGCUCGACACGCCGCCUACUGAUGGUGAAAUGUAAUAGGGGGAGGAAAAACCAUUAUGUAUACCGAGGGAAUUCAGGGAACCAAUUAGUUGCUACAAAUAAUAAAUCGCAAGUCAUCCGUUCAUUCAAUUUCAUAAAAUUGUAAAAGAUAUCUGCUUCGUGUUUGUGAAACCACACUUUUUGUCUGAACUGAAAUAUUAAAUAUUUAUACUACAUGGAGACUAAAGAUGAAAAAUAUUGUGCAAGAAGAUACGCAAUAUCAUGUCAGCACAUUUGAAGUGAAAAAAGAAGUUAAGGUACUAGCCUUAACGCUGAUAUAAUGUAUCGGAAUUACAAAACACGUCACCCAUUCAUAUAAGUGUCAAGUCAAAAUGCAACGUGAUUCAGCACGCAUUAAGGUGUGCAUUACAUGUGGGCGAGUACAUGUUUGUCGCUAUUUUCCCCAAAGCAAUGCGUCUCAAUGCAAUCCGUUUUGGCCGGUACUCAAUGGACCACAAUAAUACAUAGCCGUGUGUACUCUGUUUAAAAUAGUUUUACACAUUAUCGUAGAGGUUAUGUAUAAACUCCUGGCCGGUGUUCCUACCGAGCGCAAAGCAAAUUAUAAAUACCACUGUAACAGUGCGCAUAGUAAGGGGAGGACUUUGGAGAAUCCAAAUAAUAGUUUGUGAAGCUCAAGUCAAGGGUUAAUAUUUAUGUGCUGAGUAAUCGAUAAUAGGUUCAUUUCUUUUGCUAAAAAAAUAUUUUAUGCAUUACCAGAAGUCAUAUUUCACCAUUCAUAUUUUUUGUGUUCCGUGUUUUCGUGUGUCUUUAUUAGAGUUAAUUGACAAAUGGAUAUGACAGAGUGUAUCCUGACUCCAAAUUAAAAUGUCACGUUCCAUAUAUGUUUUACAUUACAUUUGUAACCCUUUCACCACUAUAGACCUUAAUGAUGCACUCAUCCGUAUCAAUGCAUGGUAGAGUCUACUAAAGUUGCAUAGGGAUGACGUGUUAAAUCUACUUUGAUCAUCAUUGAUAAUCAUGUCGAGGUAAUAUUCAUUUUCAAUUUGGUGUUUUUUCAUGAUUGUUAAUUUUGUCAUGAAUUUGGUUUGAUUUUUGUAACAUUGAUGAUUUUUCCAUAUUUGUAAUUCCGAAGAGCAUAUGUGCAAUUCCUGGUGUUAUACUCAUUCAUCCACUGAAAUACUCCAUGCUGAAAUAAUAUUUUUUUCAAUAAAACAUUCAAUAUAA